AAACAUCUUUUUUUUUUCUAUCUCCUCUUAGUUCUGUAUAGUUAUCUAGCUGCUUAAUCUGCCAUUGAUGAAUCUUAACAUGGUAUCAGAGCCCGGGAUCUUUGCUCGGAGCUUUUAAGUUUGCUUCAAUCUAAAUCCCCUGUUUUUUCGAUGCUCGACAGUGUUCGUUGCGGCAUAAUUGCAUCGAACGAGAAAUAGUUAGAGAUUCCAAUUUGGUGUUACGUGUUGCUUCUGUAAUCAUCAAUGGCGCCACCAACAGGAACUACAACUAGCUCAGGAACUGGAGGUGAGACAGUUGUUGAUUCGAAUCAUCCACUGCAUCUUCAUGCAUGUGAUACUCCAGCUUUGGCUGCUUAUUAUUCUAUAUGUGAACCUUCUACCUUUGAAGAAGCUUCCCUUGAUCCUAAAUGGAUUGAAGCUAUGAAGUCAGAAAUUUUGGCACUUGAAGAGAGCAACACCUGGUCCGUAGUUGAUCUUCCACCUGGUAAAGAUUCAAUAGGAUGUAAAUGGGUGUUCUAGGUGAAGUACUUAGCCUCAGGAGCUGUAGAGAGGUAUAAGACAUGACUUUUUGCCAAGGGGUUUAGUUAGAAGGAAGGUUUAAACUACUCGAAAACCUUCUCCCCUGUGGUAAAAAUGGUCAUAGUCAGAUCUGUGGUGGCUGUGGCUGCUGCUUAUAAUUGGCCCGUGUUUCAAAUGGAUGCUCACAAUUAUUUUUUGCAUGGUGACUUGCUUGAGGAUGUCUACAUGGUUAUACCUCCUGGUUUUUGCAGAAAGGGGGAGAGUAACAAGGUCUGCAAACUCCAAAAGUCUUUAUAUGAGCUUAAACAAGCCCCAAGACAGUGGAACUUGAAGUUGACAGCAGCCUUACUUGAUCUGGUAUUUGUUCAAAGUUACUAUGACUACUCUUUGUAUACAAAAAAGGAUGCGACAGACAUUGUUGUGGUGUUAGUUUAUGUGAGUAAUAAGUAGUAUGACUAAAAUUGAUCAGACUAAAAAUGAUUUGAAACUCAAGUUCAAGAUGAAAGAUUUAAGCAAUCUCAAGUUCUUUCUUGGUAUUGAGUUUGCCAGGACCAAGGAGGGGUAUGUUAUGAGUCAAUACAAAUAUGCAUUGGAGCUUAUAUAUGAGGUAGGUCUAAGUGGAACCAAACCUGUAUAUGCACCACUUGAUCCUAAUCUGAGAUUAACCUCAAUUGAGUAUGAUGCUCAUGUGAAAAGUUCAGAAACAACAUCAGAAGACAGGCCACUAAAGGAUAUUGGAAAAUAUUAGAGGCUAGUAGGAAGACCACUAUACUUAACCAUGACAAGAGCGGACAUCUCAUUUGUAGUGCAAGUUUUAAGUCAGUAUAUGCAUGCACCCAAGGAGUCACACAUGGAAGCUGCAAUGAGAGUGGUCAAGUACAUUAAAUCAGCACCUGGACUUGGUUUGUUCAUGCCAUCUCAAGGUACAAAUACAUUAAUAGUCUUCUGUGAUUCUGAUUGGGGAACUUGUUUACAGACUAGAAGGUCAGUAACAUAUUAUUUAGUAAAGUUUGAAAAUGCCCUUGUAUCUUGGAAAUAAGAAAAUCAAGAGACUGUGGCAAGGAGCUCAGCUCAAGCUGAGUUUAGGAGUAUGGCAUCAGCUGCUGCUAAGAUUACUUGGCUCAUAGGUUUAUACAAAGAGCUAGAAGUGGAAGUACAACAACCAGUAAAUCUAUUUUGUGACAGUAAAGCUGCAAUACAAAUCACAGCCAAUCCAAUUUUUCAUGAGAGAACAAAGCACUUUGUUAUUGAUUGUCACUUUUUUAGAGAAAAAUUGUUACAAGGUAUGAUUAAAACUCAUCAUAUAUCUACAAAGGAACAAUUGGUAGAUUUGCUUACCAAGAGCUUAGGAAAGACUCAACAUGCAUAUCUUUUGUCCAAUCUUGGUGUGAAAGACAUAUUUCAGCCACCAGUUUGAGGAGGGGUGUUAGAAGGAUUGAAGAAUUCAAGCAAUGUAAAUGCGUGUACUGCAUUAUUUCUAAAGUUAGUGUAGAGUACAGAGUAAAAAAGUUAGUUACUGAUAGUUGUACUACACAUAUUAGUCGGUUAGUUACUGAUAGUUGUACUACACAUAUUAGUCGGUUGUACUACACAAUUAGUUGGAUGAUUAGUGAGCUAAGAUAAGUUAGUUAGCAUAGCUGAUAACUCCUAUAAAAAGGAUAACUUGGUUA